AUGCACCGAACGCGCCUCGAGUUCGAAUUUCAGACUUCCUUGGACGCGCCUUUGACCCGGCGUGACUUCUCAUCACACCAUUUCGCGCUCAUCAGCGAAGUUGACUUCUUCGCUGAGACGUUUGGAUACCACGUUCUGUGUUUUAGAACUCCAGAAGGAAUUGGCGCCGCCUUGGCGGUUCUUACAGCAUUGCCAGGGCCCGUCAUCUCGUGCGUGCUCGGCAUUGCCACGUCAUUCAGCCACUGUGACGUGUCAAGCUGCCACAUGCAACCCUCAAGACCUGGUGGAUUCAAAGUGCCUCCUCUGAACACGAUUUGUGAGCAUUGCAUAGCAGCUGGUCGCCCAGACGCGACUGUUGGGGCUCCACAGCACCGCUUUCAACCACAACACGUCCAGCA